ACAGGCAUUCUCGUCCUCUUUCCAGGCUGACGUUGGCGGGCAGCCACAGCCGCAGGGGCGCAUAGGCCAGGAGGUUCAAGGGGGCCGCAAAGAUGGUGAAGAUCAGCUACUACCGCAACUAUGGCAAGACCUUCAAGAAGCCUCGGCGUCCGUUCGAGAAGGAGCGCCUCGACGCGGAGUUGAAGUUGGUGGGGGAGUAUGGGCUGCGCAACAAGCGCGAGCUGUGGCGCGUGCAGCACGCCCUGAGCAAGAUCCGCAACAACGCGCGUACGCUGCUCACUCUUGAUGAGAAGAACACGCGGCGCAUCUUUGAGGGAGAGGCCCUGCUGCGGCGCAUGUUCCGGUACGGUCUGCUGGACGAGACCCAGAACAAGCUCGAUUACGUGCUGGCCCUGACGGUGGAGAACUUUUUGGAGCGGCGCCUGCAGACACAGGUCUUCAAGGCCGGCCUCGCCAAGUCCAUCCACCACGCGCGCGUCCUCAUCAGGCAGCGCCACAUCAGGGUAGGAAAGCAGAUUGUCAAUGUGCCCUCGUUCCUGGUUCGCGUCGACAGCCAGAAGCACAUCGACUUUGCGCUCUCGAGUCCCUUCGGCGGCGGCCGCCCCGGGCGGUGCAAGAGGAAGAACGCCAAGGCUGCCUCCAAGAAGGCGGGCGGCGACGACGAAGAGGGCGAGGAGGAGGACGAGGAGUAGACACAGCGAUGCCCCACUUCUUGGAUUGUUCUCGGUCCGGAAUUGCAAAAGACGGCGGUGCACUCGUUUGUCUCGAUUGAAUUUGUGCCGUUUGCCUCAAGAGUAGCUGUGUUCGCUCAUAUAUUCCAACCACUGCGUGGACGUCAUGCAUUCGACUUAUGUCUACUUGGUGAAGCGGACAUUGUUUGAUCCUUGAUACUUGCGAUAUCACCAUCCAACUCGAUCCAAGGGCAUGCGCCAGAGUGAACAAUUGAAGCUGGAGGCAGCUCCAGACCGCGUGC